GUGCUGACCAUUGAAAUAAAGGCUCAGACUGAUAUGGUUAAUGUUUCCAUUCUCUAGCUAUCUAAUGUUUCAAAAUGUUUUAAAUUAAAAAUUAUAAUAAUUGUAAAUUGUUUGGCUGAUUACAUUUAAACUUGCUUUAACUUUGACUUAUUUAACAAGCUGAAAUUACUAAAGUGAAAAGCAUUUAAAGAAAGUGAAAUAACCAUCAAAAUGUGUCAGAAUUCUUGCCUCAAGUGCCCAUGCAAGUCAAUGUAGAGAAAACAAAACUGGUCACUGUGUAACGGUCAGAAAACUGAUUCAGCAUUAUUUAUUCCAUAAAAUAUCAUUAUCUGGUCCAUCAUGCACUGCUAUUAUGACCAUUAUGACCAUUUCGUGGUGUAUUAACAGUCAAGGGCUGAUACUAGGAAGUAAAGAACCACAGGAAGAGCUAAAAAUGUUUUAAAGAAGAGCUGUUAGUACAUCAUUAAAAGAGAAGCACUAACAGAAACAAAUAAUGGCUGUUAAGAGUCACAUAUGUCUGCUGGGACUCAUCAUUCUCUGCUUACGAUUCACAGGUACAGCUGGAGAGACUCAUGUGUUCAGUAGUUCAGGUGAAAAUGUCACUCUGGCCUGUAUUAAUGCUCUUUCUGACUGCACCUCAACUACAUGGAUCUACUACAAUCAUAGAUCAACAGCUGCAGUAGAACUGAUUAUGUUAGGAAUAAAGAAGAAUGAAAUAAAGAGAGCUGAGAGACUGAGUCUGGGGUCUGACUGCUCUCUGAACAUCUAUAAAACAACAGAAGAUGAUUAUGGACAAUACGCCUGCCAACAAUAUGUGAAUGGACGACAACAUGGAACUGAUGCACAGGUUUUUCUACAUGUUCUUCAUGUUUCUUCAUCAUCCACACAGACUGAGAUGAGAUCAGGCAGCUCUGUGACUCUCACCUGUCAGCUGUUUUCAUAUGAAGACUCUUGUGAUAGUUUGUUCCGUACUGAGGAUCUUCAGCUGUUCUGGGUGAAUCAGGCUGAUGUUAAUCUACAGACAGACUCCAGAUAUCAGAUAUUAUCAAAAGGGCAAUGUAUCAGGACUCUGACUACAAUACUCCUGAAUGAAAACAACAACACAGAGUUGAGAUGUUUGGUUAAAAAGAAGAAUGAGAUUAAGACCUCAGCCAGCUAUACUAUCAAGUUUAAAGCAUCAGCUACAGAAACAGACAAACCAACCUCUAAAAUAACUUCAAGUCCUACUGCAGUAUUACAUAAUACACAAGCAUCAACUACAUCAACAAUCAAACCAACCUCAAUAACUUCAAGUCCUGCAGCAUUAUCUCCUAAACAAGUGGAUGUGAUUGCUCCAGUGAUUGCUUUAGUAGUUUUUCUCAUGGCUGUUGUCUUUCUUGGGGUGAUUUGGAAAAAAAGAGCAGGUAGAAGACAAGCUGAAAACUCUGUGGUUGCAGAUAAAGAUGACAAUAAUAGAAACAAUGAAACAAUCAACAUUUCCACUAUCGAUCAGAAAGAUGAUGUCACUUAUUCAGAGGUGAUCAUUUCCAGUAAAACACAAGUCAUAAAGAACAAUGUUCCUUCUGAUGAUAAUGUGACUUAUGCUGCCCUCAGAGGAGGAGAAGUUGAAGUCCAAGACAACAGCAAUGUGCUUUAUGCUUCUGUUAACAAAACCCCUCACAAAUAAAUGAAAAAAAAUGUCAAACUUAAAAAGUUAGGUUUUAGUCAAUGUCAUUGUAGAUAUAAAAAUGCAAGUUGUUUUUACAUACAAACCUUAGUGGUGAUCUGAUUUUGUUGUGGUUUGACAGGGCUUGUUUAAGUGUCUAUAAAGACAUUUACACUGAUCUGUCAAAUGUCAACCAACACCAUCUUUAUAACCUGACUGUUGGAUUUAGAAUGAAUGAGUUUGCUGGUGUUUGACAGAUCAGUAUGGGUUAACCUUAUAAGGAAAAAUGACAAAUGAUAGUCAUAGUUAGACUAUAAAUAUGAGAUUAUGAUGUCAGAACAGACAGUUACUGCAUGGUUGCAUAAAGUCUUGCUUGAGUAGCUGUUUCCAGUAAUGCUUGUAAUAUAACAUGUAUGACACGUAUGAUUUGCUUUGCUGAAUCUCCCUCUGUAACUCUGAUAAGAAUCAGGCACAGAAUCAAUAUUUGUAAAGUAAAUGCAUGUAAACAGUGACCAAGUAAAAGAAAUCAUCUUUA